AAUUAGUUGCUUUCAAAACAAACUAAAUAAGUUACACAGGACUUGUGACUGUUUAUUUUUCAGAGCGCGUGUUUUUGGCCAUCUAAUUUUGAGCCUCUGUGCAUAUUUUUGCGUUUUUCCCAAAGGUUUCGACUGUCGGCCUUGCCCACGACUGCGCACCAAUACAUACCAAAAAAAGUGAAAAAGUAACAAGCAUAGAAGCGUAGAAAAUAAAGAGAGCGAAUCGGUGUCUAUUCGGCGAUCAAAGUCUCUGAAGAGAUCACUUUAAAAGUACUUAUACAGUACAUUUGCGAUUUUUGCAUUCUGCAUUAAAAAAUUGCAUUGAAAUUUUUUUCGAAAUUUUACGCAAGUAUUAUUUCUGGAUAUUUUGUUGAUAAUCAUGGCUCAGUAAAGAUGAAUCCUCAACGAGUAAAUAUCGCGCAACGCACUCCGUGUGGAGACAAACGCGACAGCAAGCCUGAGACGCAAAUUGCUAGAAAUUUGCAGACAACAUCCCCACCACCCCCUGCAGUCAGCAUACUCACUGAUUCCCUAAACAUUAACAACAACAAUAAUAAUGGACAGCAACAAGAAACAGCAGCAACAAUCUCAUCAUGCCCGAUCUACCAAAUCGUGUGCGCCUGCUGAAGCCAACCGCAAAUCAAGUGAAUUGUAUGCCAAUAAAUCGCGGCACUCGCGUCGUCGUGAACAGAUUCCUACACCACGCAACGAACAACAACAACAGCAACAACAAACAGGCAAGCUACGUCCCAAUGUGGACAAAAGGCCACGUGCACGUGGCGGUGGUAACUAUCAAGGACAAGGCGGCAGUGGCAAUGGGUAUGCCGAUGAAUUGUCCUCUUCCGGUGGCGCUGCAUGCACCGGUGACGAUAACGCUGAUGGCAGCGCCGGACUAGCAGCAUCGGGUGUGAACUACUCUCGUGGUAGCUAUGACUAUGGAAGCAAGAAACAAAAUUUGAAUCACUUGCUAAACUUUCACUGCGUGCCGCGUGAGUCGUCGGACUUUGGCACUGGACAUGGCAUACGAACUCACUACCACCACCACAACCAUCAGGGUGGCGCAUCGCGGAAAAUGCCGCGCUACAACAAGGAGCAGUUUUUGCAGGCAAACUUUCAGUUUGUCAUACGUGCUGGGGCAAAGGCUCAAGUGAAUGGCUCCCCAGACACGCUCAUUGAUUGGAACUUCAUUGAACAGAUUAAUAUACAGACUACAGAGGAGCCUCAAUGUCCCAUCUGCUUGUACCCGCCGGUGGCGGCUCAAUUGACGCGCUGUGGUCACGCGUACUGCUGGCCCUGUCUGCUUCAUUAUCUAUCGUUAAGCGACAAGAGCUGGCGCAAGUGUCCUAUUUGUUAUGAUGCUAUACAUGCGAGCGAUCUGAAGAGCUGCACCAUUGAGCAGCAGCGUGCGAUGAAUGUUAAUGAUCGUAUAACGUUUCAGCUGAUGCAACGACGCAAGGGUUCCAUGUAUAUUGAACACUAUAGCGGCGCCGCAAUGCUCGAAACACAGGAACGCUUUCCUCUACUCAGCUCGUACAAUGAGGUCAAGCGCUACUCCAAGUUUUUGAUUGCGAAAAGACCGGAUAUUGCAGCAAUCAUUGAAAGAGAACGUCGCGAACUAUUGGCCGAAUCAGAUGAGUCGUGCCCAGAGCAUAUUUUCAUACAGCAAGCGCUGUUGACAUUGAACGAACGUCGCGACAAACUGGGCCUAGCUCUGCCUGAACCAAAAGAGGAGGAGGAGGAAGUUGAAGGAAAGCCAGAAAAAGAGCUCGAGAAAGAUUUGCCGAAAACUGUAAGCGACACCAACAGCGCAGACAAUGAGAAUGAUGAGGAUGCUUCUGUCUGCUCUGGAGACGCCUCUAGCAGCACUGGUACCGUUACUGGGACGCUGAGCAACAGCAAAUUCUACUACUUCUACCAGUCGAGCGAUGGACAAAACAUUUAUUUGCAUCCACUCAACGUGAAGAUGCUGCAGGCCUGCUACGGCACCCUGGAUCAGGCACCCUUGCUGAUUGAUGCGCAGAUUUUGCAGAAGGAGCACCACUCCAUGGAUGAGGACCAUCGUCGAAAGUUCACGUGUCUGGGCCAUUUGCCUCUCACAUGCCAAUUCGCAGUCGUGGAGGUGGACUUGCAACCGCCCAUUGUCCCUUGCAGCAUACUCAAGCUUUUUAAGGAGGAUUUGUUGCAUCGCAAGUUGGAAAGGCAGCGCCGCCACCGCGAGGAGUUGAAACGGGAGCAGCACAUCAAUGAUCUUAACGAUCGCCAGAUGGGGAAACUAAUAGCUAGUGCGGCCAAUCUAGAUUUGAGCUCAGCUCAUGAGUUUCCCACGUGCGGCUUUGAUGAGGCAUUGCCUCCACUCGGCAGUGCCUACCCUGUGCCCAUUUCCCAUGACAAGGGCACACAUUACGCUAGCGUGGCUGUGGCCGCCAAUAGUCCCAAGAAGGAGGAACUAUGGCCCGAACUGACAUCAACAGGCUCUCGUAAGAGCCCACCCGAAUUCAACAUUGGCGCCUGGGGACGAGCAGUGCCCCCCACAAAAACGGCAACUCCAGCCGCCUCCGCCACUGUAGCCCAACGUGCCGCAGCCAAUGCGGACAGCGAACUCACCGAUGUGGGUCACUUUGCUUUGGGCGAUGUCCUUGUCGGAGCCUUGGAUCGACAGCAGAAGGCUCAGCAGCGUUCAGGUGGUGCUGGUGGCGCCAAAUCCAAUGCCACUUCUGGCGCCGAUGGGAACAAUAAGAAGCAAAAGAAAGCGAAGCCCAAAAAAAUGGUCCCACUCUUUGCCGUGGGUAUGAAUAGAGCUCCAUAGGUAUAGCUCAACAGCGAUAAUAAAUAACAUUUGAUUUUGGUUCCCUGUUAAGUAAAGCGCCCUGGCCGCGAGAUCAUACAUGAAUUUUUCGUUAUUUACAAAAUACCGUUGGAUGUGUUUUUUCAAUGUAGGGGAUUUGAAAAAUCAUCAAUGCAUUACUUAAUCAAUAAUCAUCAUUAUAUGACUACAUAUAUAACUAUGUUUAUCCAAACUAUAUUAAACAAAUAAAGCGCGUUUGCAAAACAAA